CGCCGGGGCCCAGGCAGCAUGUGACACCGACCAGGUGGGCGCGGGGGCCGCCCGGGCCACCUCGGAGCCCGGCGGAGGAUUCAGCCCUGAUGGAGGCUGAGGAGCCUCCACAUGGAGCCUCUAUUCCCAUCCAUUCUCUAGAAGAAUCUAGAAUUAUCCCUGAAGCUGUCAUGAGGAGCAGUCAGAUGCCAGUCUUGACUCCUGAAGGUCACAAAGGUCAGGAUCCAUCUUCCAAAUGGACAGAGGGCCGCAGGUGCUUGGUGAGCCAGCUGGGAGAGUUAAGAGACGUGAAUGACUGCGUUGCUGAGCGUAAACCCUCUUUUCCUGAGGAAGGCUCUGCAGAGGUGGAGGCUGAAGAGGAAAUCCCUGUGGCUGAGGACCGUGACAUUCUGGAGCAGUCAGAGGAGGCAGUACCCCAGAGUCUGGAAGACAGCGGAGUGAAGACAAGAGCUCACUCGGGGCUCUGGGCCCGCUCUGUCCAGUGUGAAUGGCCAGACAUGGUCUCAGAAGCCAGAGAACCGGGCAGCAGAGUGGAGCUGGAAUUGAAGCCAGAACUCUCUUCUUUGACGUUAGGAACUGGACAAGGAGACAGAGAUGCAGACACCUCUUCUCACACUAUAGUUUGGCCUCUCUCCGAAAAGCAACUUGCAGAGACCAACCAGACCUGCGUCUUUGGCAGUGGACCUGCUGUGCAGUUGAAGGAGGUACGGAAGAGUCAGGAGCAAGAAGGGCUUCUCAGUCCACAGGAGGCCCAUGGGCUGGAGACACAGGAUGGUCAGCAAGGAGGACAUCAGGGGCAAGGAUUGCUGGGAGAGAAUCUUUGUUCUAAUGGACUUUGGAGGGAUCAGGAACAGAUGGUAGAGCAGGUUAAUGGGAAAGAGGGAGACCAGCAGGGACACCAGGAAGGGAGGAGAGGAGGACACGGAGGAAGAGCUGGGCUCAGUGAGGAAUUGGAAGAUCUCAAUUAUGGUGGGUGUGAUGGGGAGGUUAAAGAGAGGAUUCAGGGUCAGGAAAACCCAGAAGAAGAAGAAGAAAAAGGGAAGAGGACAUUGAGGGGAGAAGAAGCGAGGAGGGUAGACUUCCAGUGUGCAGAGAAUCAAAGAUUAGUUUGGAAAAGGAAGGAAAUAACAAGAGAGCAAGGUGAUCAGGGUCUCCUGGGCAAAGAGGAGCAGCAGGAAGGGGCGGGAUCAAGUGAGGAGGAGCCAGAGAGUGAGGACGGGGGUGGGCAGGAAGCAAUGGAAGAAGAUAGAAGCCCAGAAGAGAAGGAGGAGCAGGAUAGUCCUUCCCGAGCGACUCCAGUAACGCCUGAGGCCUUCUCUUCGGGUGGCUUCUCUCCAGACACUCCUUGUCCCUUGUCUCAGAUUCUUGGUACCCUGGCAGAUCUAAGGCUUGGGGAGCUGUCUCCCAGAGCUCUGACUCCUAUACCGGAGACACUAGCCCAUCAUCCCGACCCCAUGUCUCUGCCUGGCUCUUUUGCUCCUGGGGGGUCACUGGACAAUCGAAUAGCUCACGAUGGCUCUGAAGGAGCUGAGCUGAAGAAGGGGGCAAUGUCUAGCCAGAGGACUGAGCUGGCUCCUGCUGACAUAUCUAUCCCAGGAGGGACCCCAUGCUCAGCUCCCGUAAGACCUGCUGCAGUCUCUGCCGUGUCACCUUCCGGAUCUCCAGCUGCCAUUCCCAAGGAGACCCCCACGGCCUCUCUCCUGACCCACAGCCCGUCUGCCCAAGCGUCCUCCGAGACUCCUCUGGCUGCCCUCCGUGCCCAGCCCGCGGCAGACCCCCAUGCUGCUUCCCAUGCGGUCAGCUGGUGUGGCCCCCCGGCCACCUGCCCUGGGACUAUCCAACACCAAAGGAGCAACUCUUUCCCUGGAUCCCAAAGGACAGAGCAGGCUCCAGACCUGGGGUGCAGGUCCCUAUCCUUUUCUCAUUCUGAGUUACCUCAGAGACCCCCCAAGCCUGCCAUCUAUGGCUCUGUGAUUCCAAGAAAGAACCGGAGAAGUGGCAGGGACUGCAGCAGUAUUUCCGAAAACCCCACAGCCACGUCCACGCAGACACGGGACCCUUCACACGCAGAGACGCCCCGCAGCCAGCCCUGGGGCUCCCCGCAGAAUUCAGCUUGUGCCACAGGCUCACCGGCGUGUGGUGCUUCUCCAUCUACUGCCCCCAUGGAUAGGAGAAUCCAAGAGCCUCUGCCCCCUCCACCCCUAGAGAAGAGGCACACCCACGCCCCCGUGGUGGACAGAGGAGGCCGUGUUCACGAUGAGGUCCCCACACUGAAGCCACACAGCCAUCCUCCAAUGGCCCUGAGUUCAGGGCUCCAUGGACCCCCUGAAGGCCCCCUUCCCCAAAUUCCCGACCCCUAUGUGGCAAGGAGACACCGACCCCUGCCAUCUACCCCAGACAACUGUCACCAUACUCAGACCUCUGUCCCCGCUAGGCUGAGAUAUAACAAGCCAUUACCCCCAACUCCCGAUUCGCCCCAGUCCCACCAGCCUCGCGUUUCUCCCUCCCAUAGCUCAAGGUUGUACAGGCCUCUGCCACCUGUUCCCAUCCUGAAUCCUGCCGAUGAUCCACCCCCACUGCCUCCAAAGUCCAGGGUGCGGAGCAAGAGCUCGCAGGCCGGACUGCUGAAUUCAGGUCCACACACACAGACACCCCUUGGCCAAGAAUGGACGGUCUCUGCAGCCCCCUCUGCUGGACGCACCUCCUGGCCCCCAGCCACAGGGAGGUCCGCAGAGGCCCUGGCUCCCAGAAGGAGGAAUCAAGGCGAAGCCUCCUCAGUCCUAGCUUUCAGCAACAUGACAAACAUGCUGAGCCCCUCUUCCCCUACCACACCCUGGACCCCAGAGAACCCCAGUAAGGUUGAGGCAGAAGCCCCCGUCAAAGGACCAUUACAAAGCUCCCUUCCCCAGGAAGGAGCCAGUGGUUCGAGGAGGUCCACCCUAGGCUCAGCAGGACAACCAGAAAAGCCCAGCCAUCCCCAGCUGGAGAAGGCCUCCAGCUGGCCCCACAGGCGGGACCCAGGGAGGCCACCGGAGGGCGGUGGUGGCAGCGGUGGACAGGUUGUUCUUGGUGAUGGCCCCAGCAAGCACAAGGGCUGGAACCGGCAAGGCCUGCGCAGACCUUCCAUCUUGCCCGAGGCUUCAAAUUCGAGAAGUCCCUCCAUGGGAAGAUCUCCCGGCCCCUCUGACACGGUAGUUUUUCGAGAGAAGAGACUGAAGGAGGGGACGGGAGGCUUUUCAAGGCGCUGCUCCAAACUCAUCAACUCCUCCCAGCUACUUUACCAGGAGUAUAGCGAUGUUGUUCUGAACCAGGAGAUUCAAAGCCAGCAGCGGCUAGACAGCGUGACAGAGGCACCUGGGCUCGCCUCCCCUCGGCAACCUCGAAAGUCCCUGGUGUCGACCUCUGAGUCCUACCUGCAGCGCCUUUCCGUGGCCUCCAGUGGCUCCCUCUGGCAGGAAAUCCCUGUGGUACGCAACAGCACUGUGCUGCUCUCCAUGACCCACGAAGACCAAAAACUGCAAGAGGCAAAAUUCGAGCUCAUCGUGUCAGAGGCUUCGUACCUGCGCAGUCUAAACAUAGCUGUGGACCAUUUCCAACAUUCAUCCCAAAUCCGGGCCAUUGUUUCCAACCAGGACCACCAGUGGCUCUUCUCCCGUCUGCAGGAUGUGCGGGACGUCAGCACCAUGUUCCUUUCAGACCUUGAAGAAAACUUCGAGAGCAACAUCUUCUCUUUCCAAGUGUGCGACGUCGUCCUGAGCCAUGCUCCAGACUUCCGCCGGGUCUACCUGCCCUAUGUCACCAACCAGACCUAUCAGGAGCGCACUUUCCAAAGCUUAAUGAAUAGUAACAGCAGCUUCCGGGAAGUCUUGGAGAAACUGGAGAGCGACCCCAUCUGCCAACGCCUUUCCCUCAAGUCCUUCCUGAUUCUGCCCUUCCAGCGCAUCACCCGCCUCAAGCUGCUGCUUCAGAACAUCCUGAAGAGAUCACAGCCCGGCUCCUCAGAAGAAGCAGAGGCCACGAAGGCACACCAUGCCUUGGAGGAGCUGAUCCGAGACUGUAAUAGCAAUGUCCAGAGAAUGCGACGGACGGAGGAGCUGAUCUACCUGAGCCAGAAGAUUGAGUUCGAGUGCAAAAUAUUCCCUCUCAUUUCGCAGUCUCGCUGGCUGGUGAAGAGUGGAGAGUUGACAGCCCUUGAGUUCAGUGUCUCACCAGGGCUGCGAAGAAAACUGAAUACGCGUCCAGUCCACCUGCACCUCUUCAACGACUGUCUGCUGCUGUCCCGGCCUCGAGAGGGCAGCCGGUUCCUGGUAUUUGACCAUGCUCCCUUCUCCUCCAUCCGAGGGGAAAAGUGUGAAAUGAAGCUGCAUGGACCACACAAAAACCUCUUCCGCCUUUUCCUGCGGCAGAAUGCCCAGGGCACUCAAGCGGAGUUCCUCUUCAGCACUGAGACUCAGAGUGAAAAACUCCGGUGGAUCUCUGCCCUGGCUAUGCCAAGAGAGGAGCUGGACCUGUUGGAGUGUUACGAUUCCCCACAAGUCCAGUGCCUUCGAGCCUACAAGCCCCGAGAGAAUGACGAGUUAGCACUGGAGAAGGCGGACGUGGUGAUGGUGACUCAGCAAAGCAAUGACGGCUGGCUGGAAGGAAUGAGACUGUCAGAUGGGGAGCGAGGCUGGUUCCCGUUGCAACAGGUGGAGUUCAUUUCCAACGCAGAGGUCCGUGUACGGAACCUGAAGGAGGCCCAUCGAGUCAAGACGGCCAAACUGCAGCUUGUAGAGCAGCAAGCCUAGCUGUUCUCUGUGAGCGAUCUUCCGAGCAUAAGAACAAGCUGGUCUUGGAAACGGCUGGCCACAGAACCUGCUUCAGAGGACAUCUGUGGCCCCCAAAACUACAAAACACCCACUCCUAUGGAAGCACCAGGAGACAGGAGAAGGCCCUGUCACCCAGGCACUCCCUCUCUGUUUUGUUCUCCGGAGGGCUAUACUGAAGAACUUCACACUGGAUUCUGGGUUCCUUUUCUCAAGCUAGGGAGGGGACCAUGGCGGUUGAGCCAUGGAACUUUACUGCUAAUGCCAUGUAGUUUGCAAAUAUCUCCUACUGCAGGAGAGCAGACUCAGAGCUGACCAAAGUCUCAUGCAUGACUCUGUUUUCAGGGGAUUUGCCUGUCUAUCACAUGGGAAGGUCAACUAGUGACCCCGAAGGUAUCUCUCCUCCCUAGAGAGUCUCCUUAUUUCCUGAUGUGAGCUCUGUGUGUACAGCUCUGAGACCUGUGAUUCUUGGUGGCAACGUGAGGGUGGUAAGUCUCUCACUCUAAUAAACUUGGCACUUCUUCUUCAACUGUUUUCUUCUCAGGCUCCUUGUGAUAGAACAAGGAUCAAAACAUGGGAUUUGUGACGGUUCCAGUCUUUUGCUUUAGUUGAAGUGGAAGGCCAAGAUGAUGUCCAGGGUCUGGCAGCUGCUGGCUUUUGUUCCAUGACCUCUAAGAUCUGGACAGUUAUUCUGCUCGUGGUGGGUUCAGAGGUCUGUGGAAAGAACUAGAAGUAGUUGAUGAUGGGUGCUGAAAAUCCAUUCAGACUUCUUCUCUUCCCAGAAGGUACAGGUACAGUCUGUUUUGGGUGUGGAGAACCCUUCGUGAUUUUCCAUUCUGAUGCGAACUGUUGUGAAGAUCUCCUUGCAGCUGUUUUAUCUUCCUUGUGAAAGGCAGCAGGUAGAAUGGAAAGAGUCCUAAAAUCCAAGAUCAGAGGCCGGCUGGCCUUGCAGCUACCAUGUCUAUUAACUUUGUACCGCGGAAAUAAUAAAAGAGAUAUCUCUAAAUACUUAAAAAUCGCACAGA